AUGGGUGAACUGGAAAAUGCUAGGUCUCUGUUUGAUGAGAUGCCGGAGAAGAAUGUUGUGAUGUGGACUGGGAUGAUCGAUGGGUUGGUUCAUUGUUAUGCGGAGAAAAGAGGGCUGAUUGCGUUUGACAUAAGGGUUGCUAAGUCGAUCAUAGAUACUUAUGCGAAAUACAUGCUGACUAGGCUGGGCAGAUUAGAGGAAGCAGAAAUUUUGGCGCUGGAGAUACCUACAGAGAUUGCUAACGUCAUGAUCUGGAGAACUCUUCUAGGAGAUUGUAGCUUUCAUGAUAACAUUGAGAUGUCCGAAAGGGGAGGUUUGGUGAAGCUGAAAGGUUCAGAAAUUUGA